CUUUUUCUUUCUUUUCUUUAUUUUUCUUCCUUUCUUCCUUCCUUUUUUUUUUUUUUUUUGGUCUAAAGUAGGAAGCCGCCCCCCCACCCCCACCCCAGCCCCCCACCAUCCCCGGCCAAAGCAGCUGCCAUGGCCGAGGUGUUCGGCGCGGCGUUGUCCCAGGCGGGUUGGUAUCUUUCAGAUGAAGGUGUUGAAGCUUGCACAAGUUCUCCUGACAAAGGCAAUGUAGAUGACAUCAUCCUGAUUGCUCUCAAUACAGACUUGAGAACAAUUGGCAAGAAAUUUCUCCCCAGUGACAUCAAUGGAGGAAAAGUAGAAAAGCUUGAAGGUCCAUGCGUUUUGCAAAUUCAAAAAAUUCGCAAUGUUGCUGCACCAAAGGAUAACGAGGAAUCUCAGGCUGCACCAAGAAUGCUGCGUUUGCAGAUGACUGAUGGUCACAUAAGCUGCACAGCAGUAGAAUAUAGUUAUAUGUCAAAAAUAAGCCUGAACACACCACCUGGAACUAAAGUUAAGCUCUCAGGCACUGUGGAUGUAAAAAAUGGAUUCCUGCUCUUGAAUGACUCUAAUACCACAGUUCUUGGUGGUGAAGUGGAACACCUUAUUGAGAAAUGGGAGUUACAGAGAAGCUUGUCAAAACAUAAUAGAAGCAACAUUGGAACUGAAGGUGGACCACCUCCUUUUGUGCCUUUUGGACAGAAGUGUGUAUCUCGCCAAAUGGAUAGCAGAGAACUUGAUCGAAGGAAGACAUUGCAAGUUACAAUGCCUGUCAAACCUGUAAAUGAUAAUGAUGAAUUUGAAAAGCAAAGGACUGCUGCUAUUGCAGAAGUUGCAAAGAGCAAAGAAACCAAGACAUUUGGAGGAGGUGGUGGUGGUGCUAGAAGUAAUCUCAACAUGAGUGCUGCUGGUAACCGAAAUAGGGAAAUUUUACAGAAAGAAAGGUCCACCAAAUCAGAGGGGAAACAUGAGGGUGUCUACAGAGAACUGGUUGAUGAGAAGGCUCUGAAGCACAUAACAGAAAUGGGCUUUAGUAAGGAAGCAUCAAGGCAAGCUCUUAUGGAUAAUGGCAACAACUUAGAAGCAGCACUGAAUGUUCUUCUUAACAGCAAUAAACAACCUGUUACAGGUCCACCUCUGAGAGGUAAAGGAAAAGGCAGGGGGCGAAUAAGAUCUGAAGAUGAGGAAGAACUGGGAAACGCCAGGCCAUCAGCACCAAGCACCUUAUUUGAUUUCUUGGAGUCCAAAAUGGGGACUUUGAGUGUGGAAGAACCUAAAUCACAACCGCAGCAGCUUCAUCAGGGACAACACCGAUUGUUGAAUACUGAGCAGAAUGGAAUAAAAGAUAAUAAUCAAUCAAGAUAUCUUCCUCGAAGUGAUAUCAGACAGCCAAGAAAUGAAAAACCUCCUCGUUUUCAAAGAGAUACCCAAAAUUCAAAGUCAGUUUUAGAAGGCAGUGGAUUACCUAGAAAUAGAGGUACUGAAAGACCAAGUAGUUCUUCAGGACCUGAAGUAUGGGCUGAAGAGAGAAUCAGAUGUGAUAGACCAUAUUCUAGAUAUGAUAGAACUAAAGACAUUUCAUACCCUCUAAGUUCUCAGCACAACGAUGGUGCUUUUAAAAAAAGGGAUAACUCUAUGCAAAGCAGAUCAGGAAGAGGUCCAUCCUAUGCAGAGGCAAAAGAAAGUCCACUUCCUCAAGAAUCCAUAGAUUAUAAUAAUCAAAAACGUGGGAAGAGAGAAAACCAAACAGCAAAUCCUGAUUAUUUUUAUGACAGGAAACCACGAACACUAAAUAAUGAAGCUUUCAGUGGUAUAAAAAUUGAAAAACAUUUUAAUGUAAAUACUGAUUACCAGAAUCCUGCCCGAACUAAUAGUUUCAUUGGUAUUCCAAAUGGAGAGACAGAAGUACCACUGAAGGGAAGGCGAGUAGGACCCAUUAAGCCAGCAGGACCCAUCACAGCUGCACCCUAUGAUGAUAAAAUAUUUUACAAUAGUGGGCCCAAAAGAAGAUCUGGCCCAAUUAAGCCAGAAAAAGUACUAGAAUCAUCUAUUCCUAUGGAGUAUGCAAAACUGUGGAAACCUGGAGAUGAAUGUUUUGCACUUUAUUGGGAAGACAAUAAGUUUUACCGAGCAGAAGUUGAAGCUCUCCAUUCUUCAGGGAUGACAGCAGUAGUUAAAUUCACCGAUUAUGGAAAUUAUGAAGAGGUGCUACUAAGCAACAUCAAGCCCAUUCAAACAGAGGCAUGGGAGGAAGAAGGAACCUACGACCAGACCCUUGAGUUCCGCAGAGGAGGUGAUGGCCAGCCACGGCGAUCCACUCGGCCAACCCAGCAGUUUUACCAACCUCCCCGGGCUCGGAACUGACAGGAGAAGAGUCUCGGUGAAGAAAGGAGCCCAUGGGAGAAACAUCCUGGUGAAACCUGUUGGUAGACCUUCCCACUUUCCUUUGUAGUCAUGGAGGAUAUUAUUAUUUGGAGAAAGAAAAGGCAGAUUUUAGGGGGGGAAGUUUGUCCCACACAGAGAAUGGGGAAAAACACUGAGCUCAGUAAAACAAAUACAUUUUACAAGCAAAAGAAUUUUUCUUCUGCUAUCAAUAAAACCAAUGUGCUAUUACAUA